AUGGAAAGUGAAGGCACCAUGAAAGCAGGUGGCCCUGUGAAGCCAUGCCAUCCCUUGAAACCCUUUGCUUAUGUGAAACCUAUCAGAUAUGAGACCCCAGCAUUCACAGCUCAUCAUGGAGAGAGAAGCCAAGGCCACCGUGGGAGAAGAAGUCAGCAGGCAGUAAGAAGCCACCUUAGGGAGACAGACCUUCGCAGAGACACUGGCCUCCAGGUGAGGCCAAGACGCAUGUUGAGACCAGGUCUUCGUGUGGAUCCGGACCAUGGUGAAGAGCCAAGCCACCAUGUGGAGCCAGAAGCCAGGCGGACCUCAUCCUUCCCUCUUACAGAAACAGCGAUAGUGCACAGAGAUGGGCUGCAAGGCCCCCACCUCCACACAAUCCAGCCUGGGGCAGGACUGCGGGAGCUACCCAAUGCCUCUGGGUAUUGGGUUCUCAUGAAUUCCCCAACUUCAUCCAUCUAUCCCUGCUUAGGGUUCAGACCCUUGGAGGGGUCAACUUUGCUCUUCACACAGACCCCUUCUGGUACCUUUGUGUACGGGGUCCCAGAAUUUUUCACCCACAUUGCACACUGA